UUCUGGCCCAGCAUGCUUUGCGCGGACUCAACAUGGCGGCGCCCAGCCCCAGCACGUCCGGACCGGCGCCCGCUUUCCCUUUCCCCUUCUCCGCCUCGACGGCCGGGGCUGAAAAACCCGCGGAGGGGCAGCCUCUGCCGGCCGCCGAGCCGAAGAAGAAGAAGCCGCCCUGUCGGGCCUGCACGGACUUCAGGAGUUGGAUACGGGAUCAGAGGAAGCAGUCGGACCUGGAAACAGGAGCCGCAGAGAAGGAGUUUCCUCCUGAUUGCCCUUUAGAUAGAGAACAACUGGGGAGAAGUUCGUGGUCGUUUCUUCACACAAUGGCAGCGUUUUACCCGGAUCGGCCCACUAAAACUGAGCAGAAAGACAUGGUUCAGUUCAUCAACUUAUUUUCCAAGUUUUUCCCUUGUGACGAAUGUGCAGAGGACCUGAGAAGCAGAUUACGAAGAAACCAACCUGAUGCCAGCAACCGGCGUAAUUUGACACAGUGGUUCUGCCGGCUUCACAACGAGGUCAAUAAGAAGCUGGGGAAGCCCGAAUUUGACUGUUCCCUUAUAGAUGAGCGUUGGCGAGAUGGCUGGAAGGACGGGUCCUGCGAUUAGAUAACCUAGCAAGUGCAAGAUUGGUUCAGCUUGAUUAAAAGAAGCUAGAAAGAACUAUGAAAUCAAGCCUUGUAUGGACUUUUGCUGAAGCGUACAAUUGAUCUUUGGUAUUGAGGUUGUGGUGAUACAGGAGGAGGAGGAGGUGCAGGUGUUAGAAUAGAUGUCCUGCCUGAUUGUUUCUGAUUCUGGAAAAAGUAACAAGAAGGUCCUGAAGUAAGCUAGUCUUAUGGGAAUUUUCUACCUGCUGGUUGUCUUUUCCAGACCACAUACUUACUAGCAAAUGCUGCCUUAAUUUUUUUUUCUUUCAGUACUUUCUUAAUGGUAGGAAAAAACAUUUCUCCAGCCACUGAACUACUAGGCUGGGGAAAAAAGUUUUAGAACUUUUUUUUGCCACCCCCAGUUCUGCAAUCUGCCUUCAUUUUGUUUGUCUCUAUGAUCAGAUUUUACGUUGUGUCUUUUUUCUUCCCUUAUCCUUGUAAUCUGGAAUGGUUUAAAAAUUAUUUUAAAGAGAGUACUAUUUAACCACUGUGGAGCUGCAGGGCUCUCUUUGUUCAAGGGAUACUAAAACCAUCCUUUUCCAACUUUUGGUGCCCUUCAGCUGUUUAGGACUACAACUUCCAGUGGUCUCAGCACAGCCAUUCUGACUGGUGCCAGUGGGAAUUGUAGUGCAAAACAGCUGAAGGGCACCAGGUUGGGGAAGGCUGCCUUAUGUUUUCCACAGGUUAAUUAAGGUACAAAGAAGUUUACAGAGUUGUAGAAUCCCAGUAACUUUGCUGAAGUCCUAAAGCAGGGAAAAUAAAGUAAUUUCUGAGUGCAAGUCUAGGUCUCACAUUUCAGCUUUGUCAACAGAUAUUUUUCUUUGAUUUCUAUCUGUCUGGCAAGAGGGAAAUAUAAAUGAAAGGAAUGAUUAAGCACAGGGAAAUUAGGAUUAUAUAUGCCAUGUAUUAAAAUAUAACUUGUGAGAGGUGGGGUUCAUGAAGGUCAUAUUAGCCCUACAGCACUGGGAAGAGUCACUGAGCUUCCUUUUUCAAGGAAGGUUUUAUUAACUCAGCAGAACUUUGUGUGCAGGAAGUCAGGCGUUCUGUGAAAUUAUAAUAAGAUAUAGUUGUGCACUGAGCAUAUGAAGGUAGAGAUGGACCAUUACGUCUUGUAGGAAUCCUUGUGUGAACAGCUUGCAUUGGCAGUGGGUUGAAGACCUGGCAGUGAGUAUUUGAAGAGAUCAUUGGCCCUUGCAAACACUUUACAUGGGUGGCAUUACGGCUCUUGCGCUGCAGAAAGUCCUGAGCUGUGAAUUGUACUGCAUUUUGAUUUAGGGUAGAUUUUAACUUUUUACUCUCAAGUGAAAUUUAGAUAACUUGCACUUAAGCAACAAUUAUGUGAAGCUGUUGGCCUGAUUUAGAUGUAACCAUGGUUUGUUUACAUAUACAAGCUGGGUCAAGCCGUGAGCUUGCGUGUUCCACCGCCUCUUCUUCCUUCAAGCACAACAGGAAGAUGUUUGAGCCUUCCAUUUUCUCAUUUUGUCCAAAUAUGGGAAAGUGGUUUGAAGAAACCAUGGUUCAGUGUUCCUGGUUAGUUAACUAUCAAAUAAUAGUUUUUAUAUCAUGGUUUGUUGUGGUUCUAGAUACGUACACUUGCCUCCUCAUACAUCAUGAACAACUUUAAUAGCCAUGUAUAUAGAAACAUCUAUGAGUGAGUUUCAUCACUGGAAACAAACAGGUAGCUCUUGGGCACCUUCUUAACAAAACCUGGCUUCAUAUGACUGCAUAUGCCCUGCCCCAGUAAUCUACAUAUAGGUUGCCUUGUUUGUACUAGAUUUCCUGGUCUCCUGCUUUCAGGGUAACAUCACAAUAUAGAUCAAAAGACUUCUGGGCUUCGGCAUCCUUCGCCAAUCUGGUCCCCUCCUGGUGUUUUGCACUUACAACUCCCAUCAGUUCUGAGACUGAUGGGAGUUGUAGUCCAAAAUGGCUGUGCUGGCUGGGGCUGAUGGGAGUUGUCAAAAACACCAGGAAGGCACCAGGUUUAUGAUGGCUGGGCAAAGGGAUGCAAGGUUCUGGCCCGGAGGUGGGGCCUGUGCUUUGAAACGCUCCUAAGAAGCCAGUGAAAUGGCAGUCCCUAAGCUGCCAGUGUUUCACCUUCAUCCACUGCAAGCCAGACUAGAAUCCUGCAAUUUACAGCAGGUGGACCAGGGAGAAUGGCAUGUGAGGUUAAUAGGCUCCAGCCUAGCUUGGUGCAUUUUAAAGCACUUUCACGGUACCUAGGCAAGAAGGUGGCAAUCCCAUGUGGUGGCUGUAUGGCUAAAGGUUUCGCUGAAGGAAAAGUGAUGUUUUGUAUCUUGACUGAAAAGUUGAGCUGCUCUAUAUAAUUUAUUUUGAGGCAUUUCUGUUUAUCGAUAAUGUCAAUUAUCUAAAUGCACUUGAUGAAGGCAGUUGGUAAAGUGUAUCUCAAAAAUGUAUUUAUUUCCUGGCUGGUGACCAAACAAUAAAGUUAAGUAUUUCCUUUA